AAAAAAGAAAGAAAUAUGGCGUAGGUAGAGACUAGUAGAGCGGUGUUCCGGCGAUUUUAUUCUUUUGUUCUACUUUGGCGACCACCGCUUUACAUUCGUUAUUUCUCAUCUGCAUAUAGAUACCUAUUAUUUCGUUAAACUAUUUUAACAAGUAUUACAGAAUUAACUUUGCUUUCUUUUAUUGGAUUUGUUGAAACUGAAGGCAAGACCACGGUGGCAAGACUGAGAUAUUAGUGUUUAAUAUCUUAUCCAAGAAGCGGUUUAUGAACAAGAUUAUCGAAUUCUGUCGUUUGUCAUGUUACUAAAAAACAUAACAUCUUGUUGUAAAUUUUUGAAAUGUCUGUCCAUUACAAAUUCAAAAGCGCAUUGGAUUAUGACACGGUUACUUUCGAUGGACUGCACAUAUCAGUAGGAGAUUUGAAAGCAGCUAUAUCUCAACAAAAACGGAUUGGGAAAACUUCGGACUUUGAUUUGCAAAUUACGAAUGCUCAGACAAAAGAAGUUUAUGUGGAUGAUAAUACUUUAAUCCCAAAGAAUACGUCUUUGCUUGUUGCUAGAGUUCCACUCUCUCAGCAACCAAAGAAACAGUGGGAAGGCUCUAGUGGCAAUUCAUCAGGAUUGCACAAAGAUGUGGCUCCAAAAGGACUUGCUGAUUUGUCUCGUAUGGAAGGCAGUGAACAGGAUAAGAUCAAUGCUAUGAUAACUCAGUCUACUUUUGACUAUGAUCCUAGCAACUAUCAAAAAAUUAGAGGUCAGAACCAGAGAGGAAUUGUCCCUACUAAUUACAUUUGUUACAAGUGCCAGAAACGUGGUCACUGGAUCAAAGAUUGUCCUAUCGCAAACUCGGGAGAUCCUGUGGAAAUAAGGAGAAGUACUGGCAUACCUCGAAGCUUUAUGGUACCAGUGGAAGGUCCUAAAGCACCUGGAGCCAUGAUGACCCCUAGUGGAACUUUUGCUGUACCAGCAGUUGAUCAUGAGGCCUAUUUGGCCUCUGAAAAUGCGGGAGGGGCCGACACUCCAACAAAUGCGCCGGCUGCCCCUGAACCGAAUAUACCCGAUGAGCUGAUCUGUAGUCUAUGCAGAGACUUACUCACGGAUGCUGUCAUGAUACCUUGUUGCGGCAAUUCUUUUUGUGAUGAAUGUAUAAGAGGAGCUUUACUAGAAUCUGAAGAUCAUGAAUGUCCAGAUUGUAGAGAAAAAGAAAUUGCACCUACUACUCUUAUUCCAAACAGAUUCUUGAGGAACUCUGUGUCCUCAUUUCGGAACCAAACUGGGUACAGUCGGAGAACUCCGCAUCGUCCUGCGGCCCCGCCUGUGCAACAGCAUCCUCCUGCUCUAGAACCUCCUCAGGCUAUACACGCGCAGCCACCUCCCAAUGGGCCAGCGCAGCCGGUGAUACCACAACCAGAUUUGGGCGUCGUAAGCGGAGGGCGAGGCCCGGCGGCGUACGAUUCUGACGGGUCGGCCGACGACAAUAUCACCGUGACCGUGCCGCCGCCCGCCGCCGCCGCCGCCGCGCCGCCGCCCGCGCCGCCGCACCGGCCUCCGCCGCGACACACUAACAUGCACCGACCGCCGCGCUACGGUCCACCCCCAUUAAAACCUGGCCUAGAGCCUCCGCCUAAUAUGAACAUGCCGCAUAGAGUUGACGAGCAGCGGGCGAGCACGCCAACCAUUGACGAACGGCGAGAUCCCAUGUCAUCUCAGGCUUAUAACCGUGGCCCUCCUUCUUAUAUGCCAGGACCUCCACCGCCAUCGCGUCGCUAUAACAACCGGCCGUACGACAGACACGGCGGCCCGCCUUUCGACGAUCGCUACCCGCCUCCCGAACCUUACCAGCCGCCGCCGCCCGGGAUUAAAGACUCGCCCAACGGGCGCAAUGAGGAUCCUCUCGAGGCGUUCAAUAGAAUGAUCCGCGAGAAGGAAAUGCGCGCGAAGCGGCGCGAGGAGCGGCGGCGGGCGGCGUCGGGCUCGCGCUCGCGCUCGCGCUCGCGUUCGCGCUCGCGCUCGGCCGCGCGCUCGCCGCUGCGCUCGCCGCCCCGCUCGCCGCCUCGCUCGCCGCGCCCGAGACCACGUAGUCGCGGCUCCAGCAGACUUCGCUAUUCUAGAUCCCGUUCGAUAUCCCGCGGUCGUAUUCGGCGGUCGCCGUGGUCGCCGCGACCUAGACGACGCACUCGCGAGCGGACGCUAUCGUUAACCCGGUCGCCGUCCCCGCGACGCCGGCACCGCUCGCCACUGCGGUACCGCUCGCCGCUGCGUUCGCCGCUACGCUCGCCGCUACGUUCGCCGCUACGCUCGCCGCUACGCUCGCCGCCGCGCUCGCCGAGCCGCUCGCUGGCGCGCGAGCCGCGGGAACCCAGGCGCUCCGCGCUGCGGUCGCCGCCCAGACCAGGCUCUCCUCAUCGGUACGCUGGAGUAUAUGACGAACUGUUGUCGCCGCCGCGUCGUAGUGUAGAGCCGCCGUACGGAUCCAGAUAUGGACCCAGAAAUAAUGUGCCACCACCCGUAUACCCUCCAAUGGGUGCCAAACCAGUUCCUUUAAUGGGAAUACCAAUUCAAGCGGAACCAUCCACUAAUUAUAGAGCACGUUAUGAUGGCCCUCCAUUUGAAGAUAUUCCACCAGGAGUGGAACCUCCGGUACCUGGUUUUGAACCAUCGCCAUUUGAAAAACCAACGUUCGGCCCGUCUGGUCCCUUAGAACGAGAUAGGCUUCCACCACCUAACUACAGAGAACCAUUUAGGCCACCAUUUGUAGAAGGUCCACCAGGAUUUAGGGACGCGCCUUUACCUAAUGUUCCAAACGAAAUUCCUGUUCAUGUAGGAGAUCAGGGGCGCUAUCGUGAUAAUUUUAGAUCUGGGAAUGCCUUUCGAGAUCAGGGCUCAUAUAGAGAUGGCCAGCCUUUUCGUGACAUUCCUGGAUCACAAGGACCAUACAGAGACAGUAAUUUCAGAGGAGGACCACCACCCUUCCGCGAUAGCUCAUAUAGAAAUGCGCCUUAUAGAGACAGUGGUUUUCGGGAAAAUCCUCCACAUAGUUUCCGGGAAGGUGCAGUGCCAUUUAGGCCACCUAGUGCAGAUCCUCGGGAUGCACCACCUAACACAAACUUUCAUGAUCCUACUUUCAGAGAAGGUUUUAGAGAUGAAAAUAAUCGCGACCCUAUGCGUCCUGGCUAUAGGCCUAGUGUACGAAGUAGGAUUGGGUCACGACGUAAUCCUAAUGCUGAAAUAGACAGACAUAGAGAUGGCCGUGACAGGGAGAGAUAUUACGAUAGUCGAGAUCCUCCUGAACGUUUAGAUAGACCUAAAAUUAGAGAAGUUCGAGAUGGGCGUGAAGACCGGCCAAGAGAUUAUGAACGAAAUCGUGAAUAUGAUAAAGACAGAGAACGUGAACAUGAAAGGUCUACUCCAGAAAAGAAAUCUCGUAUGUCUCCUAAAAGGAGUAGAGAAACUCGGGAUAAAAAAAGAAGUGAAUCGAGAGGACGUUCGCGUGAUAGAGAAAGUAGGCGGGAAAAGAAAGAUGAAAGAAGCUUACGAGAAAAAACGUCUGCAGACAGGAGUAGAGAGCAUAAAGAAAAAGAGAAGGAGAAAAAAUUAAAAGAAAAGAAAAAGAAGAAACGUGAAAAGGAAAAGGAUUCGGAGAAAAAGAAAAAGCGAGAAAAGAAAGAGAAAAAAGAAAAAGAACUUGCAGUCAAGAAAGAUCAAAAUGAUGAGAAGAGUGAUACUCAAGUAGACGGAACUGAAAUUGGUGAUGGAAAUGCGCCAGUAAUCGAUAAAAAUGGUGAAACAAAAAUGGAACAGGAUAAUAUUGAGGUAAUUGUUAAAAAAGAGAUCAGCCCUAUCCCAACAUUAGAACCUGAAAAUAAAAUUGAUAAUGAUCUAUACGGAGAUGAAGCUCCUGAAGCAAUUGAUAAGGAAAUUAUUCAAAAUUACGGUAAAACAGAGGAUACCGAACCACAAGUGAAUAAAAAUGAGGAGAGUGCUAAAGAUGAACCAUUUGAUGGAAUUGAACUACAAGCUUCUGCCGAGGAGUUGGAUUUGAAAGUAGAUGUGGAAGUUUCUGGUCAAAAUAAAGAAAUGUUAGCUCCCCUUCCCGAGCUUUCUAAGUGGGAAGUCGAUGAAGAUCAUGUGGAAAAGACGAAGGAACCUGGAGAAAUAUCGUCCCCAGAAGCAGAUGAAGGAGGUAAAGUAACAUCUGAUGUCAUAAAAAGAGCUGAAAACGCUAUUUUCGCCAAAGCCAUACAUUCAUUGAGACCUAUUGAAAUUAAGAAAAUAAGUACUGAUAGAUUGAAACUUUACGGUGAUGAACCACCUAAAAGUUCUAUUCAAAUCACGGUGCCCGUUGCAGAUUCCGAACAAAGACAAAUUGAAAUUAAUGAAAAGAAACGAAGAUUAUCAAAAACGCCGCCACCAAGAUUGUCUGUUAAAGAUCGUCUCGGAGGGAAAGUUGAAGAUAUUCGUAGACCAAGAGAAACUCGUGUGGUACAAAGUACUGUGGAAAGGGUUAAAUCCAGGUCCAAAACGCCUAAAAAAGAACAAGCCUACAGAAGAGUAACGGUUGAUAAAGAAAGAACCAGAAAAACGGAAGGCUUGAUUCGGUUUGAUAAUUUGAAGGGAGAACGUGCAAAAAUAUCAGAAAAACAUCGAAGAAAUAGUCCAUCUGCAGAAAUAAGCAAAAAGAGAGACCAUAAACAUUCUAAAGAAGAAAAGAAGUCUAAUCCUGAAAUGUUGUUGGAAACUCAUAUUAAAAAUGGUAGUAACGAAACAAGCAAAGAUACAGACCGUGAAAGAAAAAAGUCUGUUUUGGAUGAAGCACAUUUCGUGCCUGAUUAUGAUGAAACUUUGGAAUCUGAUAAUGAACAUAAAGAUGAAACUGCUAGGAAGCGUUCAGCUUCGCCUACAGAGGCAACGGACGUGAAGAAACCGAAGUUAGAAACUGAAACUAUCAAGCUUGAUCUGACCAAUGUAAAAAAGAAGCGUGAGUCUGACAGUGAGUCUUCUAGUGACUCGGAAUAUUCUUCAUCUUCUUCGUCAUCUGAUGCCCGUAAACGUAAGAAGAAAAAGAAACGCAGUAAAAAGAAGAAGAAACGAGCCGCUAGUGACAGUGACAGCGAAUCUGAUUCCAGCUCUGAAGAUCAUAAGAAAAAGAAGAAAAAACGCAAACAUAAGAAGAAGUCUAGUAAGAAAAAGUCUAAAAAGUCUAAACAUAAGUGAUAGUGAAGUCUUAUACGUUAAACAGUACACUUUUUUUUCUUACUAUAAUAUUCAUAGAAAUGGUAUGUAUCUAACAUAAUAUAAUUAAGGUUGCGUAAUUAUAGCACAUAUUUUGCUUCUUAUUCUAAUGAAUUCCUUUAGGUUCUUUUAGUUUGAGCCAUUUAUCUUACUGAUAUAAAAGGGUAUAUGUAGUUUUGUGUCAAAUGUUUUAAAUAAACUAGCUAGACUAAAA